AUGGGCCACAAAUAUGAUGGAGGAGUUUUUUACAACAUAAAUGCUCUCAAGCAUUUUGGGGUUUCCGAGCCAUGGAUCCCCGUCAUGCACAGGGUCCCUGAUCUUCUUCGUAAACAAAAUGAAGACGUAUAUACCCCCGUCACCGUAUCAAUUGGGCCUCUUCACAGAGACAAGACGCAUCUGCAAGCAAUGGAGGACAUCAAACUCAGCUACAUGUAUUUCUUACUUGACCGAGGAAUUACCGAAAGACACAAGACCCCAUUUUGUUACAAUGCAGUCCACCGUGACUUGCUAUUGCUCAAGGAUCAGAUUCCCUUCUUUGUUCUUGAAGGAUUAUUCCAAAAGACGGUGAAAUGCCUCCAGAGAUUGCCGUCAUUUCCUGGUGAACGCUCGCUUCCGAUUCCUACUCUUACUCAAUGUAUCCUUUUGUUCUUUGGAAAUAUGAUAGCCCUAGAAGAUACAAGAACAACAGAAGAAGAAUACAGUUUUCAUGGAUCUAGACAUCCUUAUCAUAUACACCAUCUUCUUCACAUGCGCUUCACGUCUGCAAGUACUAAUGACGAAGGAGACGGCGAGACACCGCUGGAGCAAAGAAACAGCAAGGUAUCCGGAUUCAAUUAUUCUGCUACAAAACUUGACGUUGCAGGAGUCAAGUUGAAGGCAGUUGCAAAACGAGCCCUACACGACUUGAAGUUCAGUACUGCUCCUCGUUGUUUUCAUUUGAGGCAAAAAGGUCAGAUUGAAAUCCCACCCUUCUCCAUUAACGAAUCCACUGAGCCAUUCUUGAGAAACCUCAUUGCUUUUGAACAACGUUGCCCUCAGUUUUCAAGCAAUUUCUUAUUGCAUGCUUUCCUCAUGGAUAUUCUCAUUGACACCAUUGAUGAUGUCGAAUUGCUUGAAGAAGCAGGAAUCAUACAUAAUGGUUUGGGUUCAAGAGAAGCGGUGCUCCAUAUCUUCAACAAUAUUUGCAAAUGUGUUGUACCACAUCGUUUUAAAUAUAGUGGGCUUUUGAUGGAGGUGAAGGACUUCUGCACACCUGCGCGAACCUUCUACGCCAUGUUUUCUUAUCAUAAUCAGUAG